AUGCACGUCAAGAAGCCGAGAGACGAGGACUCCACCUUCCUCACCAAGUGCCAGGACCCGAAGGCCUGCACGAUUCUCCUCCGCGGCCCGUCGAAGGAUGUCCUGCACGAGGUCGACCGGAACCUGGCGGACGCGAUGGCUGUCGCACGCAACGUCGUCUUCGACCCGCGCCUCGCACCGGGAGGAGGAGCGACAGAGAUGGCGAUCAGCGUUGGGUUGGCGAAGAAGGCGCGGGCCAUCGAGGGCGUUCAGGGCUGGCCGAUGCGUGCCGUCAGCGAUGCCAUGGAAGUUAUUCCGCGCACGCUGGCAAAGCACGCUGCGGGCGAGUCGUCGUUCGGCGUCGACGGCGAGACAGGCAAGGUCGUCGACAUGAAGGAGUAUGGACUGUACGAGUCGGCGGCCGUCAAGGUGCAGACGCUGAAGACGGCGAUCGAGUCUGCGUGCUUGCUGCUCCGCGUCGAUGACAUCGUCUCGGCGAAGCGUCCGCAGGGAGAAGGAGGACCCGGUCCCAUGCCUCAGCAGGGAGGCGGCGAGGAGUAG